UGCCUGCUCGAAUCCCAGUUCUCACUUCUCUCAGUCCCGAGUAACAACCUGGGUCCCGAGCCUCCCGAGCCUCCCCAACGUCCCCCGACUCUGGCUGGACUCUCUUGAACUGCGUCACGACUCACUCAUUGAUCACCUAUCUGGCGCCAACCCACCAGCCGAGGGGGCGUUUCCGGUUUGCUCCGACUAUUUCCCCCAUCCCCCUGUUCAAUAAACGCCCACUCAUCGAUCCGGAUGGCCCACCUCCAGCUUUCGAUUAGCCGCGGGGGCGGUCCACGGCGUUUUUUCUCUGUCUCUUUUGGCCUGAGCCCCUGGUGGGUCUUGGGGGUGGUGCUCUUGCUCCAGCCCAGUCCGUCUCAUUUGACGUCCUCGGAAGAUCUCAGUCGGGCCGACCCGGGGCUGGACUUUUCCAGCCUUAGCCACGCCUCCGCCCUGCCUCGCAUAGUGCUCGACACGUUAGAUGACCGUCCGGCUGGCUCACCGGACUGGGGUUGCACCCACAAGCUCCUGGCCUUUGGCGACGCUCUGGCUCAGUUUAAGUAUUGCGUGACCAGCUACGCCCACCCGGUCAGUUUUUGCUUCAACUGCCAAGGCCAAAAGAUUAACGUAGAGACGACCUACGAGAUUCUCAACCAGACUGAGAGUGUCAUGGGCCCUGGACCCGUGUCCGUCCCCACCCGUCGCAAUUGCAUGGACCGAUUCCUCAAUCAAGAUCGAUUGAACGUGGUGCAGACUUCGUACCAGGAAGUGUUGGGACGCGACAGCCUCUGGGCUCGAGGCUAUUGCCAUGCUUGUUAUGUGCCGGGUAACAAGUCAUUGGUGAUUCGUAACACCACUGCCCAAGCCAUGUUCUACUUUGGACAAGCCGAUGAUUGCUUCAUCCAGUACGAUGCUAUGCGCGAAGGCGAGCCUAAGAACACGGUGUGUACCGUGUGUCAGGAUCGCUACGACGUGGCCUUGGAUUACUAUCGCGAGCACUUCUACUUCAAGUACGGCUCGUCCAAAGUACUCGACGAAAUUUGCAUCGAUUUGCAAGACAAGUGGAACAAAACGGUACGGGCUUGGGCUUAUCAGUAUAAAUGCGUGGAUGAAUUCAAAUUAGGCCUGGGGUUCCAUUUGUUGUCAUUGGCUUCUAUGAUGCCCUUGGUGUUGAGCUUCAUGAUUCCUUGCUUCACCCGAUGGUUUCCGGCUUGGUUUGCCCACACGGAUGAAGACAUCGUGGUCGAUUAUCAUAACUACGGACCGAAUUACGCUAAUUUAGGCCGACGCCCCCGUGGCGAAUUGUCGGAUGAAGAGAACGAACCCGACCACACGCCCGAGCCGGAACAGGAAACGCCCCCUCGGAGUUCAGACAGCGAAGGACCAGCGCGUUGAAUGGAAUCUACGGACUUGUCCGUUUGUCUCAAACAUGACGUUCAAUGGGUGUGAUUGCAAUUGCCCUUGAUCGCAAAUACCUCAUUCAUAGACUCAACAAAUUUGUCAGACAUGUCUUGAUGUCAUAUUCAGAAAUGAUUAAAGCACUUGGUACGAUGAGAA